AUGCACCCACAAGGGCCAUCGGUGGAUCAAAAAGCACACCAUGUCUUGGGGAUGGGGCAACUGCUGCUGGUUGUGGCGAAGUUUACGGAUGGCGACUAUCAGCGCUUGGAAGGUUGCAUCCAGUUUGGAAACCCCAUCGAAAAUGUCGAGGAUCGAUCGGAGGAGACGGAUCCGGUGGAACCGGUCCUCUUGCAGAUGAUUCAAGGGAAGCGCGUGGGACUACAAGACCAGUUGCUAAAGGAACGUCCAGAUCUGGCAGAGGAAAAGGCCAGAUUGGUCGAAGGUGCAAGGAGCAAUUGGAAGUCACUGAGAAUAAGAUCCUGGAUGUUCUCAGUUCUUCCCAGGGCAACAUCCUUGAAGAUGAAGCUGCAGUGCAGGUUCCAAACAGCCAUCCUCGUGUUUUGCAUCGCUGAUGCCAACAUUGCCACUGAGUUACUUCAGGGCAGGCAGCUCUAAAGAAGGCCCAAGAAUCCAGAGAUAUUGCGGCCUUGAAAUUUGCGCUACAGCAGGCCCCGAAGCACGAAGCCCGGCAGCAGAUGGCCCAUGGCCCAAUUGGCCAAGGUGAACAAUGCAGGUGAAGGUCCUGGCAGACCUCAACUUGCAACGCGCCCGUGGAUCUGGCGAGGGAGGAGUGCCAGACGGAAAUCGUGAACUUGCUGAUGGACAAAGCAUGAACCGGAAGGCAAAGUUCUUCUCGGCUUGACAAAGUGGUCUUCGCGCAAGCUUCCCAGGGUGUCCAAAAGGGGAUCCCGGGCCAAAGGUGCCUUUAAGCUGCAUCCUGUGAUC